UGACUUGCGGGGUGUUUCUACAGGAAGGCGGACAUGUUCGUCAAGGCAGUGGGAGAAUAUCGGGCACUUUUUUUUGAAAAUAGCAUCGAUUAAAGCCUGAUUUAUCCUUAUUGUUACACCCUCGUGGAUUACGUGCUCGCUGGGGAACCUAAAACUGACCUGCGGACCAAGAGAGAUUACUUGCGGACGGAUUUAAAAAGGAUCGUUUUAACCAGGAUCGUCUUUUAACUAAUCGAAAUUUGAAAGGCGAAGUUUUUUUCGCCACUUCUUACUUUGCAGCUGUCAGACUUGUUUGGCCUGGCAUUCGGUCAUAUAGACACGGAUCUGGAUAAUCUAUCUUAAUGUGGCCGCAUGUUAACUUCGCAACACUUAUUUUAUUACCUGUUUUGCGUGAAUGUGAUCAGUUCGUGUGUGUUUUUUAAACAGUCUGCUACCCUCGUUUCUCAUGAAGCUAAAUUAGCUUAGCGCCGUAUAAUCUGUUGCUGCUACUUUUGUGUUUGUUUGCCAAGUUGUCAUGGACUAAUCCGGACGCCUCGUCUUGGUGGUUUUUUCCUAAAAAUGUGGCUUUUUGUCAUCUCUCGGUCUUUUAUAAGUUUCAACGAGAGCGAUAAUAAGGCAGUAAGACAUAAAACGUCGCUUUGAUCAAACUGGUGUUUAUUGCAUUGUGAGGGCAGGGGGAAGUUAGCGAGCUAACUCGCUAAUUUUAGCCAGAUAAACUAAUUUCUCUUGAAUUAAACUCAUCUGAUCGUCUACAAAUAUGCCUCUUGGAGAAAGUAUGACAGCUCGUUUCGAGAAGAUCGAUGCUAUGCUGAAGGAUCCCAAAUCAGAGAUCAACACAGACUGUCUGUUGGACAGUUUGGAUGCUCUGGUCUACGACCUUGAUUUUCCAGCCUUGAGGAAAAACAAAAGCAUCGAUAAUUUCUUAAGCAGAUAUAAGGACACAAUCAGCAGAAUCCGAGAGCUUCGUAUGAAAGCAGAUGAUUAUGAAGUGGUAAAAGUCAUAGGCAGAGGGGCAUUUGGAGAAGUACAACUGGUGAGGCACAAAGCCACAAUGAAAGUAUACGCCAUGAAGCUGCUCAGCAAGUUUGAGAUGAUCAAGAGGUCGGACUCCGCUUUCUUCUGGGAAGAGAGGGAUAUUAUGGCCUUCGCCGAUAGUAGUUGGGUAGUACAGCUAUCUUAUGCAUUCCAAGAUGGCCGCUACCUCUACAUGGUGAUGGAAUAUAUGCCGGGCGGUGACCUGGUCAACCUCAUGAGCAACUAUGACGUGCCUGAGAAGUGGGCACGUUUUUACACUGCUGAGGUGGUGCUGGCACUGGAUGGCAUCCACUCCAUGGGCUUCAUUCACAGGGACGUAAAGCCUGACAAUAUGUUAUUAGACAAGUCUGGCCACCUGAAGCUGGCUGACUUCGGGACCUGUAUGAAAAUGAACAAGGAUGGUAUGGUACAAUGCGACACGGCAGUAGGAACUCCAGACUACAUUUCUCCAGAGGUACUGAAGUCACAGGGAGGAGACGGCUACUAUGGUCGAGAGUGUGACUGGUGGUCUGUUGGGGUCUUCCUGUAUGAGAUGCUAGUUGGUGACACACCGUUCUAUGCCGACUCGCUAGUGGGCACCUACAGCAAGAUCAUGAACCACAAGAAUGCCCUGACCUUCCCCGACGACAGCGACAUCUCAAAGGAUGCCAAGAGCCUUAUAUGUGCUUUUCUCACAGACAGGGAAGUGCGAUUAGGACGGAAUGGAGUCGAUGAGAUCAAGCGGCAUCCUUUUUUUAAGAACGACCAGUGGACAUGGGAGAACAUUCGAGAAACUGCUGCCCCCGUGGUCCCAGAGCUUAGCAGUGACGUCGACACGAGUAACUUCGAUGACAUUGAGGAGGAUCGAGGGGAGGAAGAGACAUUCCCAAUCCCUAAAGCAUUUGUUGGCAACCAACUUCCCUUUGUGGGCUUUACCUACUACAGCAAUAACCAGUUUCCUCGGGAAGUGAACUCAAAAAGUGACAGAUCGACUAAAGAAGAUAAAAGUCAUCUGGAGAAUCUUCAGAAGAAGAUCUAUCAGCUAGAAGAACAACUUCACAGCGAGAUGCAGCUGAGGGAUGAGAUGGAGCAGAAGUGCAGGGCAUCCAACACAAAACUAGACAAGAUAAUGAAAGAGUUAGACGAGGAGAUUAACCUGAGGAAGAGUUUGGAGGCUAACGCGUCUUUACUGGAGAAAGACAAGAUCGUGAACCAGCACAGGGCAACAGAACACCAGAGAAAAUCUGAUCAGGAGGCAGAAAAGCGGCGAAAUUUGGAAAAUGAAGUGUCCACUUUGAAGGAGCAGCUGGAAGACCUGAGGAAAAUAAGCCAAAACAACGAGAAGAUCACUCAGCUGCAGAACCAACUGGGGGAUGCCAAUGACCUUCUGCGAGCCGAGUCGGACACGGUGGUGCGUUUGAGGAAGAGUCACACUGAGCUGGGGAAGUCCGUGAGUCUGCUGGAGGGUGUAAACCGUGAACUGCAGGAGAAGGGCCGUGCGGCGGAGAGCGCCAGACAGCAGCUGGAGAAAGAGUUACUUCAGCUGCAGACCACGCUGGACACUGAGAGGAGAACAUGCAGCCAGGGCUCAGAGGAGAUCCAAGAACUGCAGGCUCGUAUCACAGGUCUGCAGGAGGACAACAAAAACUUGAAGCACAGCAUUUCAAAAGUGGAACUGGAGAGGAAGCAGGUCCAGGAGAGAUGUAACGCCCUUGAGAAGGAGAAGAACAGUCUGGAAAUUGACCUGAACUACAAACUGAAGACCCUGCAGAAGCGUCUUGAUCAGGAGCUGACCGAGCACCGCGUCACCAGAGCUCAGCUCACCGACAAAUACGAAUCCAUCGAGGAGGCCAAGUCGGCUGCUAUGCACGCGGUGGAGCAGAAGGUGUCUGAAGAAUCCUCACAGCGGAUGCGAGUGGAGAGCCGGGUUGUUGAGGUGGAAAAGCAGUGCUCCAUGUUGGAGUUUGACCUCAAGCAGUCCGUGCAGAAAAUGGAGCAGCUGAUGAAGCAGAAGGAGAACUUGGAGGAAGAGGUGAAGGUCCUGCGGGUGCAGCUGGAGCAGGAAUCUGGAAAACGCGCUCUCGCCCAGAACGAACUGAAAAGCUGGAGGAUAGAGGCUGAGCAUCUGAAGGGAUCAGAAAAGCAACUCAAGCAGGAGAUCAACGUCGCUCUUGAGAACAAACGCUCGCUUGAGUUCCAGCUGGCACAGCUCACCAAGCAAUACAGAGGGAAUGAAGGUCAGAUGAGGGAACUUCAGGACCAGCUGGAGGCUGAACAGUAUUUCUCUACUCUCUACAAAACUCAGGUGAAGGAGUUGAAAGAAGAUGUGGAGGAGAAGAAUCGGCAGAUCCAGGAGACUCAAAGAAAAGUUCAAGAUCUUCACUCUGAAAAGGAGUCUCUCUCUGCUCAGUUGGACCUCACCGUGACAAAGGCUGAAUCUGAGCAGUUGGCCCGGGCAUUGCAGGAGGAGCAGUAUUUCGAGCUUUCUCAGGAGAACAAAAAAGCAGUCUCCCGAAACAAACAGGAACUCUCGGAUAAGGACUCAAUCAUCACACGGCUUGAGGAAUCCAACAAAACCCUUACCAAAGAUGUGGAGAUCCUCAGCAAGGAGAAGAGCGAGUUAAGCGAGAGACUCCGAGAUCAAGAAGGAGGUCAUUUUUUCAGCCAGUGGUUUAUGGAUUACCUUCACAAUCUCAUACAUUUUCUGAUUGGUUUCUUAUGUUCUGUAUGGUUUCCAGCGUUUGCAGCAGAUAAGGAAGAAGUGGCAAACUCAGUCAAGGCGAACUAUGAGAAGGCCCUUAACAUAGAAAGAACUUUGAAGACCCAGGCGGUGAAUAAACUGGCCGAGAUCAUGAACCGUAAGGAUAUGAAGUUGGGUCAGAAGAAGAGAGACAGCACGACUGACUUCCGCAAGAAAGAGAAGGAAAAUCGCAAACUGCAGCUCGACCUGAACCAGGAGAAGGAGAAGUUCAACCACAUGGCCAUCAAGUACCAGAAAGAGCUCAGUGAGAUGCAAGGACAACUGUUGGAAGAGAGCACGUAUCGCAAUGAGCUGCAGAUGCAACUGGACAGUAAAGAGAGUGACAUCGAGCAGCUCAGAGAGAAACUAAGCGACCUGCAGCUCCGCAUGGACAACUCCAGCGUCACCAGCCUACAACCAGAUGAGACAGACAGUAACAUCGCAGAAUCAAGACUUGAAGGUUGGCUCUCAAUACCGAAAAAACCUAAUAUAAAACGAUACGGCUGGAAGAAGCAGUAUGUUGUGGUGAGCAGUAAGAAAAUAUUGUUUUACAACGAUGAGCAAGAUAAGGAGCAGUCCAACCCAUCUAUGGUACUAGACAUCGACAAACUAUUCCAUGUACGGCCUGUCACACAAGGCGACGUGUAUCGAGCUGAAUCUGAUGAAAUUCCCAGAAUAUUCCAGAUCCUUUAUGCCAAUGAAGGUGAGUGUAGGAAGGAAGCUGACAUGGAGAGCGUUUCUCAGGGCGAUAAGGCCAACUGCUUGCCCCACAAAGGCCAUGAGUUCAUUCCCACACUCUAUCAUUUCCCAACUACCUGUGAGGCAUGCUCCAAACCGCUCUGGAAUAUGUUCAAGCCCCCGCCGGCUCUGGAAUGCCGCCGUUGCCACGUUAAGUGCCACAAAGAUCACCUGGACAAGAAGGAGGAUGUUAUUGCUCCAUGCAAAGUCAAUUAUGAUGUGACAUCUGCCCGAGACAUGCUACUUCUGGCCUUGACCCAAGAAGAGCAGAAGAAAUGGAUCGGUCAUCUCGGCAAGAAGAUUCCCAAGACCCCUCCUUCCACCUUCUCAAGGGCUUCCCCACGCACGAUGUCCACUCGCUCUGUAGCAAACCAGUCCUUCCGCAGGAACCCAUCAAAUAGAGCGGGCAUGCUCAGCAGGGCGCAGUCCACUCUCCAAGCGGCAGACACAACUUCCAGCACAUGCUGACAACAACACACAGCUGCUCCAGACCUUAAUGUUCUAAUGUUAACCACCUAAACCUUUGGACCUACUUUCUUCUCCAAAAUCUGCAAAGAACUUAAAAAGAAAAAGUCAAAGUAAAAAGUGAAGAAAAACUCUGAAUUAACAUUGUUACAUUUCACAGCUGAAUUGAAAUAUAACCAGCGUUUUCGGGCUUUGCCCAUGAAGAGGCGGUGUCCUUUUGUGCCCUCUACCCAACUCUGGGAUUUCCUCAAGUUCCACACCUCAACUCCUACCGUCUUUCCAGAGGGAAACUUGGACAGCUUUUAACAACUUGGGAAUGAAAAUUUUAAGCUGUUCUCAUGUCUUUCUGUUAUAACCUCUGGUAAUGGGACCAUAGCUUGAUGUCAUAGUUAAAGGGUGCAUUUUGGGGAAAUUAACUGUUAGGGGUCUAUGGGACUAUCGUUUUGAUUUGCAAACUAUUUCCAUCUAGAUCAACUUGGAUGCCUUCCUCUGACGGACUCUGUUGCCUUAUUUUAUCCCUGAAAGCCUGAAUGGAAGAAAAAUGGGGUUGGGUAAACAUUGGGGUACUGAGAGUUUGAUUUUGAGGGGUUUUGUUGUUUGUUUUGAGGAGUGUGCAAGAUUGUUACAGUCUAUGCAGAUUAUUAUCAACAUUGUUAUCAUUAUUGUUUUUGGAAGCUCCAAGCCAUGGGAACAUCAUCAUCAUGGCAUCAGGAGAUAUAAGUUGUCAUAGAAACCAUUGAAAAGUUUUUUCGUGUGUUUUUUUGGGUACAUUGUUUCUGUAAUAUUUUUGUUUAUCUUUUUUUGUAAUGUAUUGCCUUACAUUUGAUUCAUAGAUAAAUGGUUGAAAAGGAAAACAUUAAGUUAACAAAUGUAAAACUGCACUGUUUGAAUUGUAAGUUAUUUGUAGAAGACUAAACAGGUGCAGCAUUUUGCUCACCUAGUGCCUUUUGGAUAACGAUUUUACUGCCAUAUCUGUUUGCGUUUCUCACCAAAACAAGAGAAACUCUUAUCAUCCUUUAUUAACAAAAAAGGAAAAUAUCUACUGCUAUGUGAUUUUAUUAGAACAUACAUGGUUUGAAUGAGAACGGUCCACUCUAUUGUAUAUAUUAAACAUUGUCAACCAAAGUUCAAAAGUUCAAUAUUAAGAAUUCUGCAUGACGAUGCGAGAUGUUCUGCUGUUUUUGAAUACGGUGAUAAAUUAAAACCAGAAGCAUCUUCAUUUUUCUCCUUUAAAUAGUCCUUUGCGGUGUACAUAACUAAAAGAAAUGAGAUCAUGAAUACCUCCACAUUAUCCAACAUUAGUUUUUACAUAUGUGUUCAGUAAUUUAAGCACUGGAACUAUGAUGUGUUUUGUCUUUGAUGAACUGCAUGUUAAACUGCAUUGGAGGCCGCACUGAUGGAUAUGUGUCAAUAAACAUAUCUUUAUCACCUA